GAAACAUGAGCUUCAUCAUGCAAAACUUAAUGGAGAGGCUAAGACCCCUUGUUGGUUUGAAAGGUUGGGAUAUCUGUGUUCUGUGGAAAUUGAGUGAAGACCAAAGGUUUAUUGAGUGGAUUGACUGCUGUUGUGCUGGGAGUACUGAAAACACCCAAAAUGCUGGAGAACUUCUUUUUCCUGUUUCUUCUGUCAGUCCUUGCAGGGAUACCAUGUUUCAGCAUCCAAGAACCAAAUCUUGUGACCUUCUAGCUCAACUGCCUUGUUCCAUACCCCUUGAUUCUGGAAUUUAUGCACAGACCUUGAUAACACACCAACCCAGUUGGUUAAACUUCUCAAGUAUUACAACAGAACCAAGUGUUCUACAGGAAACUGUUGGCACUAGGGUUUUGAUUCCACUGGCAGGAGGAGUUAUUGAGCUGUUUGCUACAAAACACGUUGCUGAAGAUCAGCAUGUCGUUGAUCUUAUCACAGCUGAAUGCAACAUUUCAAUGGAUCAGGAGGCCCUCAUCAACUCAAGCAACAUGGACACAAGCUUCAGUACUGUUGGUGUAAAUGAUCAUCAAAAGGAUCCCAAUAACCAUUUCCAGCUACCAGUUUCACCCGCGACACCAUUAGAAAAUCUGAAUCUACCAUACGACAUCUCUGUUGACAGAAUUCGCUUAUGUGAUUCUCCAAUGAACUUCCUUCACCAAUUUAAUUACACUUCUGAAGACAGAACUAAGAACGACAUGUAUUAUGAAGGAUCAAACAAUUCAUUCAUUUCUGACAAACCAAUCAACCCAUUUAAAUCUUCCACUGAUCAGAAUCAUGAGCACCCAAAUCAGAUGGAUAUGCAGUUUAUGGAGCCAUUGUUAAACAAGGAGCAGCCGGUCGGAAAUGAUAAGGAUUCAAUCAAGCACGAGACGGGAAGAACAGGUUCAAUAUCCGAUUGCAGUGAUCAGUUUGACGAUGAGGAUGAUGCAAAGUAUAGGCGAAGGACUGGAAAGGGGCCUCAAUCGAAAAACCUUGUUGCUGAAAGGAGGAGAAGAAAGAAGCUUAAUGAUAGGCUCUAUGCCCUUCGGUCUUUGGUUCCUAUUAUUUCUAAGCUGGAUAGGGCUUCUAUCCUAGGGGAUGCAAUUGAAUUUGUGAAGGAGUUGCAGAAGCAAGCCAAAGAACUCCAAGAUGAGCUUGAAGAGCAUUCAGAUGAUGAAGGAGGCAGAAACACAUUUAGUAGUGGCAACCACCAUCAUGUCCAACCCGAAAUUCUAAACCAAAAUGGUGAACAUGAUAAAGCUCCAAAUGGAAUUCAUGGGGGAGGCAAUGGCAUUGUCUCGAAACAAAAUCAGGAGUCAGAAAGUACUAAUGACAAGACACAGCAGAUGGAGGUGCAAGUGGAAGUGGCUCAGAUAGAUGGGAAUGAGUUCUUUGUGAAGGUAUUCUGCGAGCACAAGCCUGGCGGAUUUGUGAGAUUAAUGGAGGCAUUGAACUCUCUGGGACUGGAAGUAACAAAUGUAAAUGUGACAAGCUUCAGAGGCCUUGUGUCUAAUGUUUUCAAGGUGGAGAAAAGGGACAGUGAAGUAGUUCAAGCUGAUCAUGUGAGGGACUCCUUGCUUGAGCUAACGCGAAACCCAUCCAGAGGGUGGCCGCCAGAGAUGGCGAAAGCAACAGAGAAUUGCAGCAGCACCGAGUAUCAUCAUAACCAUCACCAACUCAUGCACAACCACUGUGCUAGUUCCUACCACCACCACUUACACCAUCUUCAUAACUAA